GUCCUGCCGAAGAUGGCGGAGAGUUUGUAGAGGCGUAAAAGAAACUGCUCCACUCAAUGAAAGCGUCGAAGCCGGAGAUGUUAAGACAUUGACGUGACACUGUACCCUGAAUGGAGCUUGACUGGGGAUUGUACUGGCCAAGGUGCUGAUGUGUGCUGAAGAUGAGUGGCGUAGGAGACAACUCGUUGGAGCCGCUGUGCUCCGACCGCAAGCGUAAACUAUCCACCUGUGACACACCAGGCUUAGGGUGUGACAAGCGUCGGAGGGAACAGGAGAGCAAGUACAUCGAGGAGCUGGCUGAGCUCAUCUCUGCCAAUCUCUCCAACAUCGACAGCUUCAACGUCAAGCCUGACAAAUGUGCCAUCCUCAAGGAGACCGUGAGGCAGAUCAGACAAAUCAAAGAGCAAGGAAAAAGCUCUUGCAGUGAUGAUGAUGUCCAGAAGGCGGAUGUGUCCUCCACUGGUCAAGGGGUCAUUGACAAGGACCAUCUGGGACCGCUGCUCCUACAGGCCCUGGAUGGUUUCCUGUUUGUGGUGAACCGAGAGGGCAGCAUAGUAUUUGUGUCAGACAAUGUGACCCAGUACCUGCAGUACAAGCAGGAGGAGCUGAUCAACACCAGUGUCUACAACAUCAUUCACGAUGAGGACAGAGAGGAGUUUCACAAGAAUCUACCCAAAUCCAAUGCACCAAAUGGGGCAUCAUGGGGUGGAGAUGCGCCCCGGCAGAAGAGUCACACCUUCAACUGUCGUAUGCUGGUGAACUUUGGUCAUGGUCAGAGUCAUGGGUUGUCAGAAGAGAGGCCUGGAGGCCAACGCUAUGAGACCAUGCAGUGUUUUGCCCUCACUCAGCCCCGGGCUAUGAUGGAGGAGGGAGAAGAUUUGCAGUCGUGUAUGAUCUGUGUGGCACGACGCAUCACCGCAGUAGAGAGAACAGAGAGGUUUAGCACACGCCAUGAACUGUCUGGUAAACUGAUUGAAAUUGAACAGCACGCCUCUCUUCACACCACUAUGCGUCCAGGCUGGGAGGACCUGGUGAGGCGCUGCAUGCAGAUGUUCCUCCAUCGCAGCGAGGGACAACCCUGGUCCUACAAACGUCACUAUCAAGAUGCUUUCCAUAAUGGCCAUGCGGAGACCCCACUGUACCGCUUCUCGCUCUCUGACGGCACCCCAGUCACAGCCCAGACCAGGAGCGAUCUCUGCAGGAAUCCCAACACCAAUGAACCACACUCUUUCUUGUCCACACACUUGCUACAAAGGGAGCAGAAUGGAUAUCGUGGAAACCAGGGAGGAGGCAUGAGGCCUCAAAACAUGGGUGUGAACAACCCCAACCAACAGAUGAACAUGGGCCCAGGAGGGGGCAUGGGCAUGAACAGGGGCUACGGCAUGGCUGAACAAGGCAACAUGCCACAAAGAGGAAUGCCUCCAUAUGCUGGGGGUAACCGCAUGAAUCCCAUGAACCAGAUGAAUCAAAUGAAUCCCAUGAAUCAGAUGAAUCCUAUGCAUCAGAUGAACAACAUGGGUCACAUGAAUCAGAUGAAUCAAAUGAAUUCCAUGCAUCCAAUGAACUCCCCCAUGAACUCAAUGAACCAGUUGGGGCCCAUGAACCAGAUGAAUCAGAUGAAUCAGAUGGGCCACCAUGGCAUGCAUCAGCAGCAGCACCAGCAUCAGCAGAUGGGUCAGUUCCAUGGAGGAGGAGGUGGACCUGGAGGUGGAGGGUACGGGAUGGGAAUGACCAGUCCCCCUCAGGCCAGUCCAGGAAUUAACGGCCCCCCACACAAUGUCAUGGGUUCACCCAGAGUCAGAGGAAGCCCCAAGAUGGGUGCCAGCCCCUUCUCUCCUGGAGGUAUGAACUCUCCCAUGAGCUCCAGUCACCCUGGUAACUCGGGAGGUGGAGGAGGAGGUACCACCUUCUCCAGCAGCUCCUUGAAUGCCCUCCAAGCCAUUAGUGAGGGAGUAGGCAAUCCGAUGCCUUCCCCACUCACCUCUCCUCCCCCUCACAAACCUGACAGCUCCCCGAGUAUCAACUCCACCAAUCAGUCAGCAGGGGGACCAUGUAAACCAGGCCUCCCAGCCUACUCUGACACCAAGAGCCCAGGCAGCUCACUAGGGGCUGGAGGAGAGCAGCAGUCGCAGCCACACCCUCACACCCCCACCAGUGAGGGCCCUCCUGACAAGCCAGACAGCCAGGCCAGCAGAGAGACGGGUCCGACCGGAGGAGAAUCUAAUCGACGGGUCCCUGACACCAAAUGCCACAAGAAGCUUCUGCAGCUCCUCACCUCCCCUACAGAUGAGCUGGUGCCACCUAAUCACGCAUCAAACUCUGGACCCAGCUCCACAUCUGAGGCAAAAGAUGGAACAGUGGGUGUCACCAGCCCCUCCUCCUCAACAGGAGUAUCCUCCUCUACGGGCGGGAGUCACGGUGCUGUAUCCUCCUCUGCUGGCACAGGACACUUAACAAGUCAGUCUCUGCAGGAGAAGCACAGGAUCCUCCACAAGCUCCUCCAGAACGGGAACACUCCCGAUGAGGUGGCGCGCAUCACAGCUGAGGCCACUGGAAAGAGCAGCUUGGAUUCAGAUCCUGGACCUGCAGCCCCUGGAGGAGUUAGGGGAUCCGAAUCAAAACAGGAGCAGCACAGCCCCAAGAAGGAGAAGCCUCACGCCCUCCUUCACUACCUCCUCAAUAAGGACGACUCUAAAGAAGGUGGUGAUAUCAAGCCAAAGCUGGAGGAGCUGGAGGGGAGAGGAGCUCAGGGGGCAGGGGUCACCAGCUCUGACACCCACUGUAUGGAUGGAAAGGUCAAGUUGGAGCCAUCUGAUGAGACGGAGACCCUGGAGACCAUUCUCGGUGUCCCAAGGAACAACUCUGGGUUCUACCCUGAACCAGACUCCAGAGCAGGGAAGGAAGUUGCAAACAAACAAGGAAACAUGCCUGACAAUUUACAUGAUGGGGAGAAAGGCCCCAUGCCUCCAGCUCAGCGUGGUGUCUAUCAAAGAGCCUUGUCCAUGGACGCCAAGCCCAUGGGUGUAGAAGGAGCAGUAGGAGGUGGGCUGGCCAUGAGAAGGAAUGUCCCCUGUCCCACAUUGGUCAAACAGGAGAACAUGGAUGCUCCGAUCCGCCCUGGGGUCGUACCCAAUGGCUUUCCUGGAGGCAUGGGUCUCUGUCCACCAAGAGGCAAUCCAACAAGAGGUAUGGGCAGAGGUAUGGGAAUGCCCCAGCGCCCUCCCAUGGCAGGACCAGGGGAGUGGGGGAUGACGAGGCCCAGUGGCAGCCCUGCGGCCGGACCAGGUCACCCAGGCAUGGGUCGCUCUGGCCCAAUGGGAGGACCCAUGAUCAACCGCUCCAAUAGUGUACCUGCAAACACCAGGUCAAUGCUGCAGCAGCAACUCAUGGAGAUGGGUACCAAUGAAGCCAAUAUGAGUAUGAGCCCGUUUGGUGGACAUGGACCACCACCUCAGUCGCCCUCCUGGCCAGACUCUGCCAUAGGAAUGGACAGACCACAGAGUAACACAAACAGGGAACAGUUUGCACACCCCCUGGAUGAGCUGCUGGGACCCCUGGCCAACAGCGACGGCCCGAGUGAUGAACGAGCACUUCUGGACCAGCUGGACUCUCUGCUCAACACUGCAGAUGUCAUUGCUCUACAGGAAAUAGAUCGAGCCCUAGGCAUCCCUGAAAUAGUGGGCCAGACCCAGGGACCUGAAGGUCACCAGCAGGGCCAGGAUCAAGGUCAGGGUCAGUGCCCACCAUCAGAGCCUUUCCCAGGGCCAGACUCCUCCAUAGGCAUGGACCAAAAACCCAUGUAUGGCCAGGGCUACCCUGGGCCCCCAGGGCCCCCCUCCAUGGGCAUGCAGGCCGGUUAUGGCGGCAACACGAUGCAAGGUCAGUCUCCGGGAGGCUUCAACCCCAUGAUGAAUCAAAUGGGCCAAACAGGAGGCUUCCCUGGCAUGGUGGGUAUGGGGGGCAUGGGCAACCCCCGCGCAAACAUGAUGAGACCUCGCAUGUUGGCCACCAAGCCUCUCCGACUGCAGCUACAGCAGAGACUGCAAGGGCAGCAGUUUAUGAACCAGACCCGACAAGGCAUGAAGAUGGAAAAUGCCCCCGGAGGAAACCCUGCCAUGCGUCCAGGCAUGCAACCUGGCAUGCAGCCGGGCAUGCAGCCUGCAGCCAUGGGUGGUCAGCCUGGUUUCAUAAACGCACAGAUGAUGGCUCAGCGCAGCAGGGAGAUGAUGACCAUGCAGAUGAGGAGGCAGCGGAUGAUGAUGCUGAUGCAACAGCAACAGCAGCAGGGGCAGGGGGCAGCUGGAGGCUUCAGUCCUCCUCCAAAUGUCACUGCACCAGCAGGCAUGGACAGCCCCAUGGGAGGCCCCCCCUUGAACCAACCUGGACAGCAGGGCUUCAACUAUGGAGGUAACUAUGGGAUGAACCAGCAGGGGGACCCAUCAUUCAUGGCUCCAGGCAGCAGCCCACCAGGAAACAUGAUGCAAGGACGAAUGGGUGGCCCCCCUCAGACCGCAAUGAUGCCAGGGAUGCAGGGAAACCCACAGGGAGGGCCCAUGUACCCGUCUGGAGACAUGAAGGGCUGGCCACAGGGCGGCAUGCCACGCAACAACUCAUACCCCCAGCAACAGUUCCCCCAGCAGGGCAACCAGGGCCAGUUUGGGCCCAUGAUGAUGAACAACUCCAUGGGUGGACCUGGGCCAGUCAGCGGGGCCGGUGCAGGACAGAUGAGCCAAAUGCCAGGACAGAUGCAAGGACAGAUGCAAGGCCAAAUGGGCAUGAACCCCAUGGGAAUGGGUAGAAUGCCAAUGGGACCUGAUCAGAAGUACUGUUGACGACCUGUGGCUGACAGCAGAAUCUGGAGCCUUUCAUCUGUGGCAGAGCAGCCUGGGCCAGGAGAAGAGCUGGACUUACACAAACACACACACAGUAAUUCUCCAGCGUAAAAUGUGACACAGGAGACUCGACGCAUCGCACUGCUCAUUGUGGAGGAAGUUGGCUACAAGGACGAGCAUGCAUCAGGUUUCAUCACCAACUGAAGCCUCACAUGCUGUAGCCGAACUCUAUUUAGGUUAUGCACAAACACAAAAUACCUGUGUGUGUGUGUGUAUGUGUAUGUGUGUGCGCGUGUGUGUGCGCGCAUGUUUGUGUGUGUUCACAUGAAUGACCCGGAGCUGUCGGGCAGUAUUCAGCGUCACAGUAAGGCUGCAGAACGGGACUACGGUACAACUGGCUGUGGCUGCACUUUACCUGGAGGCUUCUGUGUGGAAUAAAGAUUGAUGCAAUAUUUCUUCAUCAUUACAGCCUUAUUAGAGAUUCAAUGCCUUCACAACAAUGGGUUUCUUUCUUUUUUUUCUUUCUUAUCCUUUGGAUGCGCCUCAUUCUUAAAGUCAUUGGAAGCUAUAAGCACAGUUUACUAUGUUAUGCAGAUUGGAGCAAUAACUCUUGCCUCUAUGCUUUAGACUGUAACUGAGCAUCAUUACCCUGUUCUAAGCAAACAAAUGGUACUGCAGUAUUAGAUGUCUCAAAUGUCCUCUGUGAAUAUGAAUUGUAAAUAUCCUACAAAAUAUAUCAGACAUGCUUUUUAAAGGCCCAUUAUUGCACAAAGUAUGAGACCUGGUUGUAUUUUUGUGUCCCAUAGGUCAAUACUGAUUUGGUUGUUUUGCUUCUUUUUUUCUUUUUUUUUUUUUUUUUUUGCUGUUGCAAAUAUUGCAGGUGUGUUUUGGGUUUUCCUUCCUCUGUUUUGUCAUUUUCUUAAUGCUGUAUUUUUAAAUUUUCCCAGAAGUCGUGUAUUUCAUGUUUUAGAGAGGCACUUUUUACUUGUGACGAGGAUCUGAUGAGUUGAAGGUUUGAGCUUUCACACCGUCAGAGGUUUCAUUAGAGGAUGGUGACGGCGAAUUCUGUCAGGACAGUCGAUUACGUAAACUUGUUGUUUUGUUGCUGUGUGUGUGUGUGUGUGCGCGUCUGUGUGUGCGCGUCUGUGUGU